AGCUUGACAUUUGCAGUAAUUAACUGAAAGCAAAAGGAAUAAUCGUGCUGGAUGUAGUGUUACGUCAAUAAACUUAUGUGUUUAUAAUUAAUAAUCUUAAUAAUUUCUUAACAAAGACUAUUUAGAAUAUAGUGUUCCUAUGGUUAGGUAGUGUUUAAUUAAACAUGAAUAAAGAUGAUUUUGAUCUAUUGCAUAAGUUCAAAAGGGAACAAAUAAACAAUGCUGCUAUAGAUUUUUAUCACGGACUUGGAAAUAGAUCACUUGGGUUUGUAAAUAAAAAUGUUGGAUCUAAGGAGAGUCUUGAACUCUUCGCCGAAGAGGAAUUUGUUAGAAAAAAAGAUUUUAGCGAAAUGCGAUGUGAAAUGCCAGGUAUACCAAAAUCCACAUUCUUGAUGGCGUUUAGUCCCGAUGGGACAAAGGUAGCUUCAACUCAUGGUAAUCAUAAUAUAUACAUUACAGACUUGAGAAAUGGUAGGAAUAUAAAAACUUUAGUUGGACAUCCGAGGACUCCUUGGUGUAUAGCAUUCCAUCCUACUUCAGAUCAAAUUCUAGCAUCCGGAUGUCUUGGAGGUCAAGUACGAAUAUGGGAUUUAAGCGGUGGUAGUGAAGUUUGGACUGCUGUAAAUCAAUCGGUGAUAGCAUCAUUAGCUUUCCAUCCGAAUGAUAGGGUUUUAGCUAUAGCUACUUAUAAUUGUGUUUAUUUCUGGGAUUGGAGUCAACCUGAACCUUUCGUAAGCGCUGCAACUUAUAACGUAAAAGAGAAGGUUCGUUAUGUAGCUUUUGACGCUAUGGGUCAUAAAUUAAUUACCGGUAUAGCUAAUAGUCCCAUGACUAGAUGGGAAAGAGUUAGAGCUCCAGUGCCAGUACCAAGACAGGAAUGGUGUGCUAGUCCUUAUAGAAGAAGAAUAACGCAGAGGUUAGCUAACACCAAUCAAAACCAACCAUCGACGACCGAUACUACUGCAAGUUCUAGUAGAGAAUCUCAGUUAAGUUUUCCAGAAAGAGAAAGACGGAUAUCGAUGUGUUAUAGAACUUUAGUUAGAGAAUAUGAACAACUCGUACAUAGAUAUUUACAACUUUACAGAUCACCAACAAUGAUCGAUAGAGGAACUGAUCCAAUGGAACCGGAUCAUUGGUUCAAUAAUAGUGGUACUCAAACUACCGAACCUCAACCAAAUACAAGUGAUACUACACAAUCUAGUACCACUAAUACCAACGAUUCUAAUCAAAAUCAACCAACUACUAGUGCCGCGGAUAGGGUUUUAGAAGAAACGUUACCCAGUAGUUCAAACGUACCACAAAACAACAACACAGAUCUGGAAAAACCCAGUUGUUCGUCUCAAUCGCCCCAAAAAUCCGCUCACAAUCUACUAACGCCCAGUAGGAUAUUUUCAGUGAUCAAAAAACCAAAUACGUUAAUUCGAGGUACUCAAACUUCGGAAUCUCGUAAACAUAAGACUGAAGAUUCGGAGCAACCGAAAGAGAAAAGGCUGAAAAAAAAUAAUGGAGAUAAAAGGAAGUCGUCGAAAGGUAGUAAAGAUGGUAAAACGAAUUCUACACAAACCGAACAGACAGCAACAGUUAGAAAAAUAGUUACUAUAAGUACAGACAAGAAUACAACUAGUGGUUGUGGGGAUAACAGUUCGUCUAGUAGCAGUUCUUCAGAAUUCAGAAUAAGAUCUAAUAAAGACGAAGUAAUUUCAGAACCUGGACCGAGCGGUUUUAGAAGACAAGAGGGUACCGAAACUGAAGAAGAAAUUAAUAUGGAACCCAGUACUUCGAGCAAUUCAUUACCCAGUACUAGCAGGGAAAGUUCUUCUAGACGAGGGGACAGUUCAAAUCAAGCCAACGUCGACGAAUUGCUUUCUAGUAUUAAAAGGACCGCUGAAGAGGAAGUUAGAAAUAGGAUAUUACCGAUAAUUAGAUCCUUACCAGCAACUGAUCGACCAGAAUUAAUAAGAUUAUUCGAAAACAGCCGCGAACACGUGAGGAUGCGUUUCAAACAGAUGUACCCGAACUUUUUGAGAAAAACCAACAGGCGUCAUCUGAAUCAUGUCGAUACCACUUCGGACAGUAGUAGUUCCGAAGAAGAAAUGAAUUCUCAUUCCCCGGGGAUGCGUCGGAGCUCCAACAACAGUUCUCAACAACGUGAAACCGGUAACGAAGCCAGUACCAGUAGUUCUCAUCCUUGUAGCGCUCUAGCAAGACUGAUAGUAUUAUUGACGGAUAUAGAUGAUAACGGAACCGAUAGAGAAGCUCAAACUUCCAGAGAUAGAGAAAAUUCUUCGGAAGGGAACAAUCUAAAUCAGAACGAACCUACUGAUAAUUCGGAUACCGUGAAUACGCCAACACCCCUUACGGAAAAUCCCGAACAAAAUCAGGGUCCGAGAGUUUUGAGGAAUUUUAUGGAGGAAUGGACGUCGGACGAUGUCGAUACUUCGGGAAGGGAUACAUCGUUCCUGCCUCCGGUUACAAUUGGUAAUACGAGUACUAGAACCACUAAUUCCACUAUAUACACUUCAAAUUCGAACGCUGCAGCGGCGUCUGCGACACCGCCGCCUAGAAGGAGGUUUUUUUCGCAUAGGAUAUCGGCUUUUAUGCCGACAAGGGUGAAUUAUAUAAGACACAGGAGGAUGCCGCAUUAUUUGUGGAGCAGAAACAGGUUCAAUACAAGAUCAUUCAAUUCCUCGACAUUCGGAGUCGAUGAAUUGUUCAAUUACUCAGAAUUGGACAAUUCGGAAGACGAUCCACCUCCUCCACCACCGCCGCCAGACGCGGAUCAUCCAGAAAUACCGACCAACGCUUGCGCCGCCUCCCUCAGCGAAAUCGUAAGAGAAUUAGAAUCCAGCCUUGAAAAUGUCGUCAGAAUGGGGGUUAGUACCAGACCCGGAGACAAUUCCAACAUAUUAAGUAACUUAUCGGAAAGAUUAGAUAACAUCUUAACCCAAUCGGAUACUCUAUUAAGAAACAUCACCAAUACCAUGGACGUACUUAAUUCCACUACGAUACCGGGUCGAUACGGUCCAUCAGAGACUAAUUCGACGCCCAAUUGGGAUUAUUUCGAUUCGAAUUUCUACAUAAGGGAUCACAGAUCCGAUAAUCUAUCGCCGGAUUCGAAUAACGCUGAUAGCGUUAACCUUUUAGAUAUAUUUAGUCCGAGACCGAAUUUUAACGCCGUCGCUUCGGAUCAUACUUAUCCGAGAAAUCCGGAAGACGCUCACCAUUCGUCCCAGAUGGGGGGAGAAUCGGGACCGCCUUUGAGGGUUACCAUUCAUCUUACCAUUAUGCAUAUACAGCGACAAGCUCGCUUGUUGAGGCAACAGAUCGAAGAUAUAGAACGUAUCGACCGCGCCAUGUUAGAAGUGGAACAACUCCAAUUGAUCCGGCGAUUGAUCGUCGGCUUGAUAUUGCAUUUCAGAAAUUUGGAAGAAUCGUCGAAUACGGAAAACAACCAAAGUAGUACCGGUACCGGUUUAUCGGGCGUACGUGAAAUGAUGGCCGGUACCAGGAUAAGCGAUAACGGUCCUCGAGAAACGAAUACAGAAGAAUCGUCGAACAUGUCGAAUUGGAGAUUCAGAGACGUCGGCGGUAGCGGAGAUCAUCCCGGUAACGAUUUAUCGAAUCGUCAACGAUCCGAACCGGGAACUUCGGGAACCGAAACGCCGCAUAAUAGACCGCCGACGAGAAAUAGCGGUAGAAAAACUUAUCCCCCAUCGAGGAUGUGUCGUUUGGCUAGACAAUUUCGUAGACCGUCUGUAUUACGAUUUUUUCUUCGUCCUUAUUCGAACAGACAGAAUAGACAGAAUCGGAAUGCUUCUUCAAGACCGACUCCUAGUACUUCUUCUUCUUCUUCUAGUUCAUCGAAUAAUCAAGAUUCUUCGGGAAAUCGUUACGAUUUACCCAGUUUUCCGGUUAUUAAUUCCAAUACGAUGGACAUUAUGACGAGGAGAUUGGAAAGAUUUUUAACCGAAGAAGUAGCUUCGUUUACUACCUUCGGACAACCUAGACCGAGUAACCGACCCAUGGCUACCAUAGAUUUGGGCGAACACAUUUUAUCGUUGAGAUUACACGCCUGCGUACUCAGAAUGGAUAGAAUAUUAGCUCGAGGAAACGCAUCAGGACGGGGGGUCGGUUCUAUAGGUCCCCUUCAAGUGGAUCCCACGGCGGCGGUAACGCGCGACGGUCUGUCCAGAUACAACGCCAGAUAUACUUUGAGUCUAAUUAUUGAUAGUAUGAGUCGACACGCCGAAGACAUCGGAUAUUCUCCAAUACCUCAAGAUUCACAGAUACCGGGUAUAUUGGCAAUGUCCCACCUUCUAUCAGAAUUAAUGUUAUUAGUUGUCGUCGAUUCGAUACCGCCACCUACAGGAUUAAAUUUGGUCCACGAAAGGGUACACGCCACCGCCAGAUUAGACAGAUUGUGUUCUCAAAUGUUACAAACAAGGCAAUAUACUUACUCCCAACAAUUAACCAGAAAUCUUAGGUUAAUGAAAAUGACAAUGAGACACGCGCAGAUCGCCCUAAGCCAAACUUAUCACGCCAGAAGGAACAGUCUGAUGCCAAGACACGGUACCGAUAGAAGAAUGCUACUGGGAUCUAUAAAUAGGGGCUUGAGAACGAUCAGGAGACACCGUUUAACCGAAAAUGUUUCAAAUCAAGAUUCCACUACGAAUAAUACCGAAUGGUUAUCUUCUAUAUCAAAUCUUAUAGCACAAAUAUCGACAAGAACUAACGAAGAAGAAACAUCGACGGAUAAUCCUCAACCGUCAACGUCUAGAUCUUUUCAAAAUCCAAUAAACGACGCUUCCAGUAAUAACGAUAACAGCGACGACGACGACGAAGACGCCGAUAUAUAUAAUACGGGAGGAAGUAAUUUGUAUAGAACCAACAAUAUCAACCUUUCACCGGCUUUGGAACAAACUGUUUCCGCUAAUGUAUCCGUAUCACCACCGGUAACUUCGUAUUCGAGACCUUGGAACGUACCUUUGGUAGCCGUUAACGAUGUACCGGUAUCGGAACCGUCGUCGACGUUCGCUCAACGUCUCAUCAAUCAACGUGCCCGUUUCGCCGAACGCGUAUCCGAAUUGCGUUCGAAUCCUCAAAUGGGUCUGUUCAGACCGAGAUUCCUUCAUCCGCUUUACGCGAGCGUUAAUCCAUUCGACGCCGAUUUGGACGAUCCGCAAAGGGAACAGAUCUACGAUAGCGAUAUGGUUACAACGGUUACGCCGAAUCACAGGCUACAAGCGUGGAAUGUAUCCGAUUGGAGCGUACCGAAUAUAGGCAGUCCUACAAGAAAUUUGGUAGUAGGCGAAUGUAAAAUUCAUAACGACGCCAGCGUCGAUAUAGCCAAAGACGGAACGAUUUUAGUGACCCUAUUACCUUCAGGUGGAUAUUUAAAUGUUACAAAUCGAUUAGGUGUUUAUAGUUUGAAAUGGGAAACGCUCGGUCAAUGUCUUUAUACCACCAGUUUCGAACAGAACGCCGUUUCGGUAUCGCUCUCUCCUCUCAGUCGCCAUCUGGUGGUCGGUUUGGCGUCGAGGAUCGUACCAAACGACCGUUGGAUAAUGGCCAGAAUAUUUAAGAUCCAUCAAAAAGACGAACCGGGCGAUAGAUUACCGGUUAUUAGGGAAUUAGAACAGAAUAGAGAUAGUAGAAUAAAUUGUAUAAGAUGGUUACCGAUAUCCGGACAGGGAUUGAUUUACGCCACUAAUACCGGUCAAUUGGUAGUUUUGACUUGAAUAUAUCGAUUCAGUGAUUAAUUGACAAGAGGAAAUUGGUUUUAAAACUGUCUGAAAUCGUUUAUAGAUUAUAUUAUUAUAGAUUUUUUGAUAACGGUUGCUUCAGCAGAUGAUCUAGACAGAUCUAAAGCCGUUUACGUAGUAUCCUUAUCGCCACGUCUAACCGCAGAUUGCGAUAACGACAAAAUUGACGGGAUGUGAUAUAUUUUGUUAAUAAUUGUAUGGAAGGGUAUAUUGUAUUAUUAGUAACCUAACAAACGACAUUAGGGCAUUGACAUAUAUCUUUGUUAAUAAUGGCAACCAGAUUUUUUGAAAUUUUUUAUUCGCCGCCCGGCUAUUACUAACAAAGUUAUAUGUAAAUGCCCUAAUGUUGCUUGUUCGGUUAUCAAUAAUACAAUAUGCCCUAUAAUGUAAUUAUUAACAAAAUAUAUCACACCCCGUAUAUAUAUUUCGAUAUUGCCGUUAUCGCCUUACAAAACAAGUACGUUACACCCCGUCGAUGUUGCCGUUAUCGCCUUACGAAACACCUUUUCGCAUUUUUUUAUCACACCCUUUCAAUUUUGUCGUUUUCGCAAUCUGCGGUAAGACGUGGCAAUAAGGAUAAUUGAAAUUGAUAGUAAUUAUUGGAAGAUGCAAAUAAUUAUUUAAAUUUAAUUAAAUGCGUUUAGUAAAUUGAAAAAACAUGAGCAAUUUAAUCAAGUAUUUGACUAAUUAAGUCAUUUUUUAUAAUUUUUUUUCUUAAUAUUGUAUCAAAAAGUUAUAUACGAUACCAAACAGUUUUAAAACUUCAAAAUUUUCAAUUACGAUAUGAAUUUCAGUCUAAUACACUUUCGAAACGAGUAAAAUGCCAAAUAAUUCAAUUAGAAUGUAUUUGGAAGGUAUCGGGGGAGAGUAUUUUAUCACUUUUUUUCGAAUUAUUUCAUCUAAAUUUGAAAUUGAUCAAAAUUUUCGUUAAUAUAAUUUUUUUUGUACUUAUCAACCAUGGAAGCGUACCUGAAUAAAAAUCAAUUAAUUCCUAAAUUUUUCCACCAAUAUUUAUUUGAUGUCCCUCGUAGUAGCUUAUCAAAAAAAAUGCUCCACCUUUAUUAUUAUUUAUUGUAAGUACGUUAUAAAAAAAAUAUAACACUCUGUAUAAGGUGAUAUAAGUAUCUAGUGAUUUGAUUGGAUACGGUAAAACUAUGUAUUUUCAUUUUUUUUUUAUUCAAAUUCCAUCGAUUAUUUUAACGAAAUUAUGAGACGCCCUUUAUAACAUAAUGAGAUUUCAAUUUUUUCUAUUGUAUAUCAAAUGAAGUGAGUCAAAAUUUUGCGUUAAACUUAAAUUUUCAUUAACGGAAGUACUAAUUUCACCGUAUCAAUUCAAAAUUAAUUUAAUUUUUUUUUUAUAUGAUAUUAUUGACUGUUUUCAAACUUUUUCACAGAUUUUCCAAUAGCGAAUUUAGUUUUUGUUAUAGUGAACAAAUUAUGAAAAUAUUUGAGGAAAAUCUGUGAAAGGGGGGCUUUGAUGCAAUAUUUUUAGUACUUUUUUUCCUUUGAACUGAAUCUUGUGUGCUUGUGAAGUAUGUAAUUUUUCAAAAGAAUUGUUAUAGUGCAUAUUUGUAUAUAUAUAUUCAAUAAAUAUUUAAGUUAGAA